CGGAGCACCGAGGCGCACUGACGCGACUCCGGCGCGCUGCAGCUCCGCGUCCGCGUGUCUCUCUCCGGUGCUUCGCGCUUGCAGAAACAAACGGCUUGUUGUCUUCUCACUGUGAGGCUUCCUGUUUAUUUCCACAUUUCUCUUCUGUCGGUUCCUCUCAUGCCGCCGUUAAGGCGCUGGAUACGGGGCGAUUUGUGAUCGACCAAGCGGCAGCUCGAUGAAUAUGGCGUGUAUUGGGGACGCAGACCCUUUCACCGCUGCUAUACCUGCCACCAAAGUUGAACUCACGGUUUCUUGUAGAAACCUGCUGGACAGAGACACAUUCUCCAAGUCUGAUCCAAUUUGUGUGCUGUACACUCAAGGAAUAGCCAACAGGGAAUGGAGAGAGUUUGGCAGGACAGAAGUCAUAGACAACACCCUCAACCCUGACUUUGUCCGCAAAUUCAUCCUGGACUAUUUCUUUGAGGAGAGGCAGAAUCUACGCUUUGACCUGUAUGAUUUAGACUGCAAGAGCGACAACCUCUCUAAACAUGACUUCCUGGGCCAGGCGUUCUGUACGCUAGGUGAGAUAGUCGGCUCCCUGGGAAGCCGCUUGGAAAAACCUUUGAUUGGGAUUCCAGGGAAGAAAUGUGGCACCAUCAUAGUGCGAGCAGAAGAGCUGAGCAACUGCAGGGAGUCGGUGAUGCUGCAGUUUUGUGGCAAUAAGCUGGAUAAGAAGGACUUCUUUGGAAAAUCUGAUCCUUUCCUCGUCUUUUACCGCAGUAACGAAGAUGGAUCGUAUACCAUCUGCCAUAAAACAGAAGUGGUGAAGAAUACUCUGGAUCCGGUGUGGCAGGCGUUUAAAAUUCCUGUCAGGGCGCUGUGUAACGGAGACUAUGACAGGAGCAUUAAGGUGGAGGUGUACGACUGGGACAGAGAUGGAGGCCACGACUUUAUCGGCGAGUUCAGCACCAGCUACAGAGAAAUGUCCAGAAGCCAGUCACAGUUCCACAUCUAUGAGGUGCUAAAUCCAAAGAAGAAAGGAAAGAAGAAGAAAAAGUAUCAAAACUCAGGAACGGUCACUCUCCUGUCUUGCCUGGUGGACUCUGAGCUCUCCUUCCUGGACUACAUCCGAGGCGGGACCCAGAUUAAUUUCACAGUGGCAAUUGAUUUCACAGCAUCAAAUGGCAACCCGUCCCAGCCCACCUCACUCCAUUACAUGAGCCCAUACCAGCUGAAUGACUACGCCAUGGCACUGCGGGCUGUCGGAGAAAUCAUCCAGGACUACGACAGCGACAAGAUGUUUCCUGCACUGGGCUUUGGUGCCAAGCUUCCCCCAGAUGGACGGGUCUCGCAUGAGUUUGCCCUGAAUGGUAAUCCACAGAACCCAUACUGCAAUGGUAUCGAGGGGGUGAUGGAAGCCUAUUACCAGAGUCUAAAAUCUGUGCGUCUCUACGGACCCACCCACUUCUCCCCUGUUAUUAACCAUGUGGCCAGGUAUGCAUCAGCAGUGACAGACGGCUCACAGUACUUCAUCCUGCUCAUCAUCUCUGACGGCGUGAUCACAGACAUGGCACAGACCAAGGAGUCCAUAGUCAAUGCCGCGUCUCUGCCCAUGUCAAUUAUAAUAGUUGGGGUUGGACCAGCGGAAUUUGACGAAAUGAUCGAGCUGGACGGGGACGAGGAGAGGAUCUCAUCUCAAGGACGAUAUGCAGAGAGGGACAUUGUUCAGUUCGUUCCUUUCAGAGACUACAUUGACCGGCGGGGAAAUCACAUCCUCAGCAUGGCUCGCCUGGCUAAGGAAGUGCUCGCUGAAAUCCCAGACCAGUUCCUUUCCUACAUGAGGACACGAGGGAUCAAACCAGGCCCCUUGCCACCUCCAUACACCCCCUGUCCACCACCGGCUCUCCACCCCCUCCUCGCCAGACGGGUAAGCCGAAUCUAAAAGCCAAGGCCUCGCUCCAACGCUGGCAAGCCGACUCUACUGGUCUCUACUCUCCCCUCUCUGCUUCUUCUUCCUACUCUUCACUGGAAGCUUUUGAGCACACGGCAAACCUCGCCCGCUCUCUCAUGUUGCACUUUCGGGAACGUUUCCAUGAGCUGUGAGCGUGAUGCAGAUAACCCCAAGUGGGACGCUGCCACUUUUUAGAAGAAGGGACUUUUCCCUUACUGGACGAAGAUGGGGGGUUUGAAUGGUUGUGAUGGGAGUCUGACAUUACCCACCUGCACCAGUAAGAGUGAACAGGACAAAGUCUGACCAAUCACAGCUGUCAGACUGAAAGGGUCCAAACUGGGGAGGCCCUUUUUUGAAACACUUCAUCUGUUUGCUAUUUCUAUUUCCACUUCCUCUAUCUUUCACAAAAUCAUGUCUCUCGAUAUAUAAAUGUUUACAAAAUUGAGGACUGGAGUGGAGUUUGUUUUGGGUUUUUUUCAGGAGGAAAUUUAUACCAAUCAAUGUGAAAACCUUUCAGAUUCCUAUUUUUCGGCUGCAGAAAAUGGAGGUUGUGACUUUGUACAAAAACGUUUAGGCCCUGGUGCCACAUUCUUCAUUACAGUGUGUAUGUUUGUUUUUUGUUUUUGUUUUUAUGAAUGGAGCAUGUGCUAGUUUAAGAGAAGCAUGUACUGUUGUCUUGCACUCAGGGCUUUGUCCCUCCCACACAAACCCCCCACCACCACUGUCAUGUUCCAUUAAGAGCAAACCCAUCACCUACCUGAAAUCUUCCCAUGCUCCUACCUUCUGCUCCGUCCACCUGCCUUGACCCAAAAGGAAGCUGUGCUUCCUGGGAGUCUGGUUAAAUGAAAUGCAGCAGGGACUUGAACCAGCCUUACUCUUUUGUCAGAUAACAUUCACAGGCACCGUAUCCUCUGUGGGUUCUGGAAAUGUGGAUCUCCAAGCCCAGAAGUCAAAAACACACAUCUCACUACCGAACCUGACUGUGUGUUACGUUUUAGAGUCACUUUAUUUUCAUGGAAUAACAUUGUACUUCAUAAGCAUUUUUCAGUUUUGUUUUACGUCUCUCUACCUCUCACUUUGUUUCGUAUUGCCAAAAAAAGUUGUUUAAAUAACAAAGUGUUGGUGUGUCAGUGAUUUUUGGUAAGUCUGCAGAGUUCACAGUUUUACCUUUCUCAGUAAGUAUUCAUAAAAUAUUUGCCAAACUGUAGGUUGAAAGUUAUCAGAUCAGGUGACUCACACGUUUGUGUUAGCAACACACUGUGAAUAUGUGCACAGAAAACAGUUAACCAACAGACCAAAAUGCAAAGAUGCUUUUCUUUUAGCAGCUACCCAUAUGAAUCACAGCUUUAGUUCCAUGUUGUCCAGCAGCAUUGUAACAGUAAAAGCUGAAGCCAGUAAUAAUCAGUAACCGCUAAGGUUUAGUAGCAUGUAGCUAAUCAUUAGGAUUUAAAGGAAUAGUCACCAGAAAAAAAAACAAUGUUUUCUGUAUCAAACACUCCUGAAAGGUGGCUCUGAAUACUUUGGAGCUUGCUGCUUCGGGGAUGACAGCAGCUGUUCUCAGUUACAAUGGAUUCCAGUGGCAGUUUCCCUGUUUCCACAUUGGCUCACCGCCUUUUUGCAGCGAUUAAAAUAGGUCACUAGAUGCUGUGCUCAUUGACAGCUUUUUCCCCCCGGAUGGAAAAACAACCGAGCCCAUCAGAGUUUUGUAGGUGGGAUUAAGAAUGGGGAUUUUCCUGUGGCAGAGCCUUAAAAAAAUUACGGCAGAUAAUGACCAUCAAAUUGGCGACAUACAUGGAUGAAAUUGACACAGCUGUACAGUCGUAAGUUGACUUUCAGCAAAUUUUUCUGAUGAAUGUGUGACAAAAGUUAAAGGCCCUCAAAACCUUUUUUCUUAGCCAGCCUCUCAUUAUAGAGCAACAGGGUCCUACAAGAACACAGCAUUUCUUUUAAAUUUGAAAUGUUUUAGUUAUUUCAUAUCAGAGUUUUCUGUAUUUUUUUGUUUCAUCUGUGCUCUUUUCACUGGUUUGAAGUGGGCCUGGCUCAAUUUGGAAAUUGUAAUGUUACAUACUUCUAUGCACCAAUCACAGUUUAGCAACUUUUGAAUCAAAAUGCGAUGAGUCUUGUGGUUGUUUAUCCUGCCAGCACUGUCAGUCAAAUGAUGAAACCACACCCACACAGUCCUUGAGUGUUGAAUAAUGAAGUUAAAACAAAAUGGCAAUGCAGUCUGAUUAUCAGUUUAAUAGCAACCCUAUUUCAUGCCAUAAAAGAGUAAAAACUGUUAAGUGAAACUUUUCAAAUCUCCUGCAGCAUAAUCCACGUCUUCUGUCAUCCAAGCACUAUUUUCACCAAAAUAUGGCUAUACACAUCUUCUGUUUGUUGCUAGCAUGGUUAGCUGUUUAUAUCUGUUGAGUUCAACUGAGCCUUCUUAUGUUGUUUGGUUGCAAAAACUUUCUAUAGACGUUUUUUUAAAUGUUUUAUUUUCUUGAAAGUGAGUCACCAUUGGAAUCCAUUGUAACUGUGAAUCCAAGCUAAACAAGCUACAGGUGGUGAGUAUUUGAUAUUUAAAACCUAGUUUUUCAGAGCAGAAUUCCUUUUAAAAAGGGGGAAAUACUCACACCCAAAACAGGUAAUUGCACUUAACAGUCACUUUUAGCCAUGUUUUGUGGUGAAAUUCAAAUGCAACCCUGCUGUUUUGCCCAGUAAUGUAUAUAUGAAAACUUUACAGUGUGACUUUAAGCAAAGCACAAACUCAGACAAGCUACAGCCACCGUAUCCAGAGGCCCCUUUUAACGUAUGUAAGUGUGUAAAGAAAAGCGUUUAUACAUUUUACUCUCUGUGUGUACUACAAACUGUAGAUCCUAUCAGUACUUUUUAGGGCCCUAUUCAGUCAAGGAAUCAAUGUAAGAGAAGGUUUACAACAUUUUUCUAAACUUACGCCUCAAAAUCAUCAUAUACUUCAUAUACAUCUACUUAUAAACUGCUUGUAAAACAUUUUCUUAGACAUUUAUACACUGUACAAAUGUUUGCCUUUUUUUUCCAUAUUGGUCAAUAUACUGUAUGUGUAAUGCUGCUGCUUUACUGCUGAUAUAAGUAUUACAUUUUAUACUAAGGCCUGUAAUCAUAUUUAAAUCAUGACUAACAGGCCUUAUUCAUGUUUAUACAUAAGUUAUUCAUAUUUAAAUCAUGAACGACAGGCCUGUAUUUUUUUAUAAGCAAACGGAUUAGAUAAUAAUGGAUGUUUCAUGUGUGCAAGAUGUUUAAAAGUAGACCUAGUGAUCAAGUACACCGUAGCAAUAUUUUUCUGCUAUAUUCGACAUAUUGUUGAGUGUAGCGUCUCAUUGUUGGAUGAGUCUCAUUCCAGAAAAGCUGGUUACUCAGUGUGACUGAAUAGGGUCCCUUAGUGUUAGAACAGGUAGUCAGAUAGAUUUUGUACUCUUCUGUAUUAUUGUUUCAUUGUGGGGAUCCCGUAUGACAGGGGAUGGGGAUGUUGAAUUGCACAAUGUAGCACUGGUCUCAAGUCUGGUAUUGGACUGGAGCAACCCCAGACUGAACCAGAUCAGGCAGGAACAGUCUUUUUAUAUGUAAAUAUAUAUUCUGUAUAUAAUGUCUGUAUGUUUUCUGGAGAGUUGACAUGCAGCGAACUACCAGUACUCAGUGACUCUCCUCCUGAAACACAAGGCAGGGCCUUUCAUUUAUUUAUUACGACAAGAUGUCAACUUCAUCUCACGCCCACACUCUCAUAUAUACUGUACAUCCAGUACAUGUAUUUGUAUAUGAAACAUGCAUGACACUUACAUAACAAGGUGAAGGUUGAGUGAAGAUUAAGAGUUUCUUGCUUGUUUUCUCAGAGAAACAGUGGUUUCGGAGGCUUGAUAUUUAUCUCAGUAUCAACACCUUAAAAGCUUUUCUGUCCUGUGACCACGUUUUUAGGUCUAGGAUGUCAAACUGGGAAUUUUUAAAUGGUAUAUACAGUAUUCUGUUUCAAGAACUUGGAGGCAACUCCAAAUGGAUUAUAUAGGAACUAAAAAGUAAUCCUUAAUAUAUACUUUUAUUCAUGACACACAUGAGCCAGAUUUUUUUGUUCUAAUACUCAAAAUACUCAAAUGCCCAUCUCAAAAUGUUAAGAGAUCAUUAAAAAACUUGACUCCUGGAUCAGGAACCGCAAAAAAAACCCCAAAAACAUUCUUAGCUGAGAUAAUGAUGAGAAACAGUAUUAAAAAACAAACUAAUUAAGCUAAUGUUAGCUUAAUUUGCUGUCUUAAAAAGGCCAACCGUUUAAUGUAUACAGCUGAAUUGUUUUAAAACAAGAAUCUUGCAAAAGGGGUCUUGAUGGCUACAUCCAUGAUAUAAUGCUAAAAGACUCAGGCUAAAGCUAACAGGUCCCAGGCAACAAAUCUGCACCCUCACCAGUUGUUGAUCCAUGUAGCCAACAGAAAUUGGUCUUGUAUUGCAGUGGUAUGAUAAAGAAAAAUGCAGGAUCAGACUGUUAUUUCGCUCUAACAUAACCCUGUUCGACUGCUUAGCUAACAUACUAUUAUCACUUUUAACAUUACAAGAGUAAUGUUUGAAAUUAGUCCUCAUCCUAAAGGCUAACCGAUGUGUUUGGCAGGCGUGUCGCUAUCUCGGGUAACGUCGGUUGGCUGGAGUGUAAACCUGUCGUAACUUGUAACCCCAUAAACUAAUGUAGCUAGUUAAUGAUGUACUCAUUGGUUAUAUAAGUAAUGCUCGGUUACAACUGUACUGUAAGUUGUAAGCUAGUUAACUGGCUAAUGAUUGCAGCUCACUCCCAGUUGAGUUGGAAGUCUUAACAUAUACCGAUGGGUUUGUCAUGUGCGGCUGCAAUGUGUGAAAUCACUGUUCCUCUGAGGCUGUGUCAGUGUAGGAGUGACAAUCAAAAGCAUUUAUUGUGUAAAAGACUACAAGGCGGGGGGGAAAAAACAGUGCACAUACAAGCUUUAAUGAAGUAGGCUUACACCUUGCUGCCUCCCACCGCUCAUCGCUACAUCCAUGUCACUCUGCCAAGGCGGUCAGCAUGCCAGGCCAUAUGAAUGCCCACGUAAUCUUCACACUUACAACAUGAAAGUUGUUUACUGUACCUUAUUAUAAUAAUAAUAAUAACAAAGUGGUUUAAUUGAAUGCUUGUGAUGAAUAUCCUGUUUUAUUCUGAUGUUUUUUAAAGCAUGCAUUAAGUUUGCAUGUGUAGAUUUUUUUCUAACAGAGAUGCACCAGUGGAUUUAAAGAAAAAAAAAAUGUAAUAUGACAUCUUACGUGUUAUUUCGGAGUAUUUUAGACAACUUUUUUGCCUUAAAAAUCUCACUGAUCAAUCUUGGAAUUGUGCAAUGCCUUCAGAUGUUUCUUUUGUUUCUUGUUCUCGGAUAUUUUUCUCUUUAUUUUUUUGGGUACGCUCAUGCACAGCUACUCAUCACUCAUCUCAGCAUUGUUCUCUCAGACCCAGUGGUUGAAGUGAUGUGAAUAAGACGGAGAAUGAUCCGAAACAGAAAAAAAGACUGGGCUGUCUCGCUCUCAGCGAAGGGACAGAAUCAUUCAGCUGGGAAUAUUGUUGUCCAGCCUCAUCAGCCAUGUUUAAAGUUACUACAGAUCUGUGUUUUUAUCAUAAACUGAAUCAUAAUCUGCCCAAAUCCAACUGUUAUUUUUCAUCAGUCCUCAUUUUGGAUCUCAAGAGUGAUUCGUGGCUUCUGCAUGAUGCUUGUGAUUACACUAGAAGACCAAUCAAAAAUGAUUUGUCCAUUGAUGCAUAAUAUUUACUUAAAAUCAGUUCUUGAGGUUAGUGAUAUUGCAGCACAGGUUUUACUGUUCUACCAGGAAAUAUGGAAGCCACUAAAGAUUGAUUUAAAAUGACUAUUUCUGUAAGACUUGAAGUAUUUAAAUAAAUAUUCAUAUCAAACCUU